AUGGAAAACAACAACACCAAAGACGUCUCAGAGGCAUUGCCUCCGUCAGAAUUGUCCUCUGAGAAUGAAAGCCCAAUCGCGGCCCCUAUAAACAAAGAAUUCACGACUCGAUCAUGCCUAACCUUACUCGGUUGUGCUGGGGCGGCAUUCUGUUCUGUCGGUUUCGUCAAUGCAUUUGGGGUUUUCCAAACAUACUAUUCUGAGACUUUACUAUCAAACAUGUCAAACUCAGACAUUGGAUGGAUCGGAGCAAUCAAUAACUUUCUACUGUUUGCGGGUUCUCUCGUGACAGGACGGAUUCUUGAUAUGUUCGGUGCUGUGGUAAUGCUGUGGCUCGGCUCUACCACAACCGUAUUUUCAAUUAUGAUGAUAUCUCUCUGCAAGGAAUACUGGCAAUUUAUUCUUGCCCAAGGGGUGCUCCUCGGUAUUGGAAAUACCCUUCUGGUAUGUCCAGCUGUCGCUCUCGUUGGCCUGUCUUUCAAGAAGCAAGUUGCACUAGCCCUUGGAGUAACGAUUGCCGGCUCAUCUUUGGGUGGAGUUAUCUGGCCUGUUGUUGUACAUGCUCUGUUAGAGAAGCCCAACAUUGGAUUUGGAUGGACCUUGCGGAUCACCGGCUUCAUCAUGAUUCCGAUUCUUGUCUUUUCGUCUAUGUUUGCCCGACCACCAAUCACACCAAAGAAGGAUCUACAAGAUAGUAAGAACAACGGCACGAAACCAUCAAGGCCAGCAUGGGACUGGUCCAUAGUUGCCAGGAAGCAGACACUCUUCACUGCGUUUGGAUUCUUCUUAAUUUAUUUCGGCAUGUUUAUGCCGUUCUUCUACACCACGGAAUACGCCCUGGCACAAGGAUUUUCAUCAAACUUAUCUUUCUAUACCAUUUCCAUCAUCAACGGCGCAUCUCUUUUUGGUCGUAUUAUCCCGGGAAUGGUUGCCGAUAAAUAUGGAAGAUUCAACUUGUGUAUUGCAAUGACGGCUUUUUCCGGAAUUAUUGCGUUGUGUUGGACGACUGUCACUUCGGUUGGCGGUAUUGUCAUGUUUUCGCUUGCGUAUGGGUUUACAUCUGGUGGAAUUCUAUCUUUACAACAAGCAUGUGCCGCGCAAAUCGCAAGCCCAACUACAAUCGGCACGGUUGUUGGCUUUGUGAUGGCAUCGACUUCUUUCUCUGCAUUAGCAAGUACCCCUAUCGGUGGAGCGCUGAUUGAAAAGUAUGGAUAUCUUUCGUUGUCCAUAUACUCUGGUGUUAGCCUACUGCUUGGUGCAGCAGUACUUCUGGCAGCCAAAUUGACUCAGAAACGUCAAUUGUUUGCUGUUAUUUAG